AUGCUCAAUCUCACCGCCGCAAGCACAACGCGGCCGCGCUAUCUCCGCGACCCGCACCCGCCCCCAGCCAUCCUUCGCUCUCCCUCGUCCUGCGUGUUCGACGCCGACAUCUCGCCAGACUGGUGUGUCGGCUCGGUCGGACACGGCGGAUACCUCCUCUGUGUCCUGACCGACGCUGUCAUUCGCCACCAGCGCAUCCAUCACUCGAAGCACACCGACCCCGCCCAUCUCUCAAGCCAGUUCUUCGCGGCGACCGUGCCGGGACGGGCGCAGGUCGAGGUCAAGAUCAUCAGUGCGUCGAAGAGGUGGACCAGGCUCGAUGUCGAGUUGUGGCAGUGGACGCCCGACCCCAACACCGACGACUUUGUCGACCCCGCGAACGAGCGAGUCUUGCGCAUCCAGGCGCACUACCUCGUUUCUGAGUUGCCUGAACACCCUGAGCCUGCGAAAGGCGCGGAGAGCGCACCCAUCGGCGGCCUCAACUUCCUCUCUCGACCAUGUCCGCUCCUCCAGCACCCGGGCAAGGUCGACAUGCGCGACGGGGGAUCGCACGUCCCUGAAAAGCUGCGAUUCAGUAAGGGCAUGCGGUGGAAAGAGGUCGAGGUGACGCAGCCGAAUGACGGGAGUCUCGCUUGGGGCGCGUGGAUUGAGUUGACGGGCGGAGAGGAAGUUGCGGAACUUGCGACCCUUGUACCCUUUUUCGCCGACGUCGCCAAGAACGGCCCCGAGAUGCUCCCUGAAGGCAAGAAGCCCGGUCCUUCCUGGUACCCAACAAUGACCUUCUCCCUCGACUUCAAAUCCCGUUUCCCGCUCCCCGCCUCCUUCGGCCGUCGCACGAUCGGUCUCUACUCGACGACCAAAACGAUCCAUGAGGGACGGCACGAUCUGACUGUCGAGUGCUGGGCGGCGCCGGCGGAUCUUGGUGAGAAAGAGGGAGUGAGGGAGGAGGGGUUGCGGAAGGAGGAGGAUGGGGUCGAGAGGUGGAGGAGAGAGGAGGCGAGGUUGGUCGGUGUCAGUACGCAGAUGGCCCUCGCCGUCCCUCUCGAAGUCAACCACGCCCGAGGCCGCAAGACCCUUCCCGGCGAGAGCGACGAGAGCAGCAGCAGCGACUCGGAGAGCGAAGGUGGGAAGAAGCGCGCGAUGCUGUAG